UUUGACAGGCCACUUGGCAUAUUUUUUAAUUUCAAAGUGUCACAUUAAAAGAAAGUCCUUCUAUUUCUGUUUUGAAGUUAACACAAAUGGCCCAGACAUGAGUGAAAUGUACCAGGAGCAGCAUCCAUUGUUGUGCGAUGAUUUCUCUGACGACGACUUCAACUGCCAAAGCUAUAGUCCUCGGGCAAAUAUACGCAUGCGCCCCCUCGUAUACAGCGGUCGAGCUAAGACCCAGAUGAAAGGGGCCGUUGCGGUUAUGACCAGCUGGCCAGAGCAAUGGUGGUCAACACUGAAGUACUGGUGGAUGGGAAUUGCCAUGUUUGCUAUCAUAGUUUUAAUUGUUUACAACAGUGUAGUUGCCUUCUCAAUGCUUUCACUUACCUAUACUAAAAUAGGAAAACCUAGACUACCUUACAAAGCUUUCGAGAAUACUGUGAUAGAUGAUACCAAACUCAAUGUAUACAUGCACAUUUUCGCUAACAAAUAUGAAGAAAUCAAUUUAAAUACAAUAUUACCGUAUGUGGAAAUAAUGUCAAAAAAAUAUCAAACAUUUAAAUUUCACCUUGUCGCUGUAAUAAAUUAUACAAUUAAAGAAAGUGACAGAAUGAAUGAUCAAAGUAGAAAUGACUUAGCUCUCGAGUCUUUAUGGAAAGAUGAAUCCUUCGACAUGAACCGUAAAGUAAUCUUUCAAAAUAACCUUAUUUUAACUUAUGUUGCAUUAAAUAAAUACAUUGAUAAUCCAGUUCUGCCAAAACUUAAUAAAAGUCUCUCUGAAGAAUUUACUGAAUUUUUUGUAAGGGCCUUGUCUAUUUGGGAGAAAGGUGGAGUUGCUUUUAACCCAAUUAUACUCACACCAAAAACGCCCAACGCCAUUUACUUAGAAAAGAUACAAAAUGUACUCAAUAAGUACAAAUUAAUUGAUAACAAAAAAUCUGAGAUUAAAAUAAAUGCAAAUAAUCAUCAAGGAAUACACACUAAAAAGAAAGUUAAUAAUAUUCGCGAUAUAAUAGAAGCUUUGGAAGCUGGAGAUAAAAUUUACAACAAUUCCCAAUACAAUUUAUUGGAAGAAGAAAAUAGAGUCAACUUAGUCCCUUCUCUUAACGACAAAACUAUUUUAAGAAAUGAAAAUGCCUCCGAUCCCCUGUUUCUAUUACAAACCGUACACGAGAUUUCUAACAAAAAAACGAAACCAAUCCAACAAAACAAAGCCAGUGAUCGCUUCAAAAAAGAAAUUGGUGGGCAUCAUCAACAUCAAUUACAAAUGGAAUCAAAAAUUAACUUGAACAAUGACACUCGACCAAGUUUACUUCCUUUGUUUUUAGAAUUUUUAUUCCCUAAAAGAGAUAGUUUUGUAUCUGAUGAUAUAAGAGCGAAAAGAAGUGAGAAACCAAACGAUAAGAGUAAUGGUUCAAAAACAGAACAUGAAUCCAUUUAUCAGACAUCCCAUGAAAACGAUAUUCAUGUAUCAUUUGAAAAUAACAAACAACAGGAUCUAAAUUCAAAUUAUCACACAGAAAACUGUGAACAUGACACAAAUACUCACUUGACAAUUGAUUUAAAGGGGAAUGUUAUAGCCUCAAACACGCCUUGCCACGCAUUUGUGGCCUCAUUGCUUAGUAAUGUAGCUGAUCAUAUUGAAGGAGAAACGCUUUCUGAAUAUAUUAUUGCACAAUUAACUAUUUUUUGUAAAGGAGUUCUUUUUUCCUGUAAGGGUAUCGAUGUAAUUUUAUUAUAGAGUUAUUUUAAAAUAUUCUUGAAGAUAUUGUUGUUA